AUGAAUUUUAAGACAGAAAAUUCAACAACACCAAAUGGUGAUUGGUCUCAAAGUAAAGCAUUUACCAACUCAGGCUCAUCAUUCCCUGUUUUAAACGGUACUUGUGAAUUAGAUCAAGAAAACCUUGCUUUGUCGAAUAGUGGUCAACCUGAAAGUAUAUUUACUCAAGAUUCAGGAUUACAUGGUAUUGACGUUGCCGCUCCACUGGAUAUAACUGAUUUGAAUAAUCAAUCUGGUUACCAAUACAAUAAUAAUCUUGCUCAUGAUUUAUAUUUUACUGGAUCAAUGGAAAUGCCUACAACACAACAUCCUUACAUUACAAAUACUAAUAAUCAUUUAUCAUAUUCAAAUUCUUCGGAGGAGUUUUCUCCUAUCGGCAACAACAUGUCUCCUGACUCUACAGGAGGAGCAAAUUCAAAUAAUUUUACUAGUGGCAAUAAGAGAAAAGCCAGUAAUGAAUCUUUUUCACCAUUAUCGGGUCAUCAUUAUGGAACAGAGUCUGGUAAUAAUAAUAAUAAUAAUGGUACAAGCAGAUCAAGCCAAUACUCUAGUCAUAAAUCUAGGAAGAAAUUAUUGGAUGAAAAAGAUGCUGCUUUGAUUGCUCGAGAUGAUUCUGAAUUGACUGAAGAGGAAUUACAAAUGAAACGUAAGGCACAAAAUAGAGCUGCUCAACGAGCAUUCCGAGAACGUAAAGAAUCUAAAUUGAAAGAAUUAGAAGCAAAAUUAUUGGCUAGUGAAGAAGAACGACAAAAAUUACUUGAUGAAUUAGAACAGAUCAAAAAGCAAAAUAUUUCUAUUGCCACUGAAAAUGAAAUUUUGAAACAUAAUGGAAUGGGAAACAUUAAUAAUGAUGUUCAAAUUGGUAAUUUGAGUAGUUAUGGCCGUUUACAAGUUGAUAAAUUCAAUUUCCCCAAGACUCAAAAAGAUUUUAUUGAACAUGUAUUACAAGGUACAAACCAUCAAUUGAAAGAUGAAAAUAAAGAUAAAGUAUAUAAUGAUAAUCAAGGACAUAAAUUAUUAGCCCUUGGUGCCGUUUGGGAUUAUUUACAAAUUAAAGCUGAAGAAGCCGAUUUGGAUUUUAAUUCCAUUGAUUUCAACGAUGUAAUGGAAAAAUUAAAAGGAAAUGAAAAAUGUCAUGGUUAUGGUCCAGCAUAUCCUCUUGAAUUAGUUAAUGAGGCAAUUGAAAGUAGUUUGAAUUGA